CUUUUCACUUCAAGUCAUCCUCGGUCACCAAAGCAAUCGAAGACUCGUUGAGCUCGAUCGUCUUGUUUCUAAUAAGAUGUCUCUUUCUACCUGGGACUAUCUCACCCUUCUCCUUCUUCGCCCUCUCUUCGCAAUCGCACUCGUCGUCUUGUUCAUUGCUUCCGGUUGGUAUUUGGCGUGGAAGCUGGUUUUGGUUCAUGUUCCUCUUGUUCAAGAGAUUUUCGGGUUGAAAAAGAAGCCCGUCAAUCCCAAACCCGCAAAUCGUGGUCGAUUUUCCAAGUUUUACAGUACAUGGGAAACCCAGAAUUCAGCUUCUGAAUGAAACGAAGGGAGAGCAAAGUUGGUAGAUUCAUUUGUGAUUGAAGGGUACGGGAAUGCAUGACACCAAGUUCACUGUUUGAUGGAAGGAAGAAUUUGACGACACAUUUCCAGGGUUCUUUUGAACAGUGGAGAUUAUGUUCUUUUGUAUAUAGAUUGAUUUGAACAGAACAAAAUUGGGGCAUUACUUGCAAAGAAACCAUCUACGAAUUUCAAUGUAGGAUUACACCUUGUUUGACGUGUUCAAUAGGUUCUUGAAUUUGAAAGGAUAUCA